AAAUGGCAUCUCGUCUUUGCUCCUCGCACUCUUCUCACUUCCAUGAUCGCCAAUCUGUCUCGAUUUCAAUCUCUUCUUCUUCGCGCAAUUUCAAAGUUCUAAACUUGGCUUCCUCCCGCAAACGGGUCACGCUUCAAUUUAAAACCUUUCUCCGCCUCAACAACGUGUCGUUGCAAGACCCAGAUGGAAAAUCAUCUUCUUCAUCGAAAAAUCACAUUUGGGUCAAUCCCAAUAGCCCGAGAACUAAACAGAUUUUGAAGAAAUCGUCUAGUUCCAGGUACAGUUCUCUUGUCAGACUCACCGAGUCUCUCGAUUUGUGCGAUCCCAGUGAGCAACAUGUGUCUACAAUUUUGAAGGGUUUAGGGCACAAGGUUUUAGAACGAGAUGCUGUGUUUAUUCUCGAUAAGAUGAUGAAUCCUGUGACUGCACCCUUUGUUCUUAGAUACUUUCUGCUCAAGAUUAAACCCACUAGAGACGUUGAGGUGAUUCUUUACAAUGUGACCCUUAAGGUGUUUAGGAAGUGUAGGGAUUUUGAAGGGGCUGAGAAGGUGUUUGAUGAAAUGCUUCAGAGAGGGGUGAAACCUGAUAACAUUACAUUUUCAACUAUGAUUAUCUGUGCUAGGAUGUCUUCUUUGCCCAGUAAGGCUGUGGAGUGGUUUGAAAAGAUGCCCAACUUUGGGUGUGAACCAGAUGGCAUCACAUGCUCGACUAUGGUUUAUGCUUAUGCGCGUAUUAAUAAUGUUGAUAUGGCUUUGGACCUAUAUGAUCGUGCAAAGACACAGAAGUGGCCCCUUGAUAGGGUAACAUUCUCAGCAUUGAUUAAGAUGCAUGGCAUGUCAGGAAAUUAUGAUAGAUGCUUAAAUGUCUACCAAGAAAUGAAGGUUCUUGGUGUGAAGCCUAACGUGGUAAUUUAUAACACUGUGUUGGGUGCCAUGUUGAAAGCUAAGAGGCCCCUGCAGGCCAAGGCUUUAUACAAAGAGAUGAAAAAUAAUGGAGUUUCACCUGAUGUUGUAACCUAUGCAUCUCUUUUACGAGUCUAUACUAGAGCACAAUUUAGCAAAGACGCUCUCAGUGUUUAUAAGGAAAUGAAGGAGAACAGAAUGGAUAUUAAUACAGAUCUUUAUAAUGGGCUUUUAGCUAUGUGUGCUGAUGUUGGCUGCGCAGAUGAAGCUGUUGAAAUUUUUGAAGACAUGAAAAAUUCUGGGACUUGCCAGCCUGACCGGUGGACAUAUUCAUCCUUGAUUACCGUAUAUUCCUGCAGCGGGAAAGUUUCAGAGGCAGAAGGGAUGUUGAAUCAAAUGAUCGAAUCUGGAUUUGAGCCUAAUGUUUUUGUUCUGACAUCACUUGUCCAAUGCUAUGGAAAAGCAAAGCGAACUGAUGAUGUUGUGAAAAUAUUUAAGCAACUAUUGGAUUCGGGCAUGAUUCCAGAUGAUCGCUUCUAUUGUUGUCUCCUGAAUGUUAUGACCCAAACACCAAAAGAAGAGCUUGGUAAGCUAACAGAUAGCAUUAAUAAGGCUAAUACAAAGCUUGGGUCUGUGGUAAGACAUUUGGUGGAAGAGCAGGAGGGUGAUGAUGAUUUUAGAAAGGAAACAUCAGAACUUUUUAAUUCAAUUGAUGCUGAAGUAAAAAAGCCCUUUUGCAAUUGUCUAAUUGAUCUCUGUCUCAGCCUGAAUGUGCCAGAAAGAGCACGUGACCUUCUGAACCUGGGAGUGACGCUUGAGAUAUAUACAGAUAUACAAUCCAGAUCUCAAACUAAGUGGUCUUUGCAUCUAAAGACACUCUCAGUUGGAGCUGCUAUGACUGCAUUGCAUGUUUGGAUGAAUGACUUGUCUAAGGCUUUGGAAUCAGGGGAAGACCUUCCACCACUACUUGGAAUUAAUACCGGGCAGGGAAAACACAAGUAUUCAGACAAAGGUUUGGCUAGUGUGUUUGAAUCACAUUUGAAGGAACUCAAUGCUCCAUUCCAUGAGGCUCCAGAUAAGACUGGCUGGUUUUUGGUUACUAAGGCAGCAGUCAAAUCAUGGCUGGAAUCUAGGGGUACAACCAAAUCAGUUGCUGCUUUGGACUCUCCGGUCUUAGGUGUUCCAACAAUGGCCAUUCACUAGUAGGGAACGAUGUGGCUUGUUAUUUUUAUGGCUUUAUGCAUUUUCUUGUUCCUUUUGAGGAAAUUUUGUA